AUGGAGCCUGCAUCGGGUUGGCUUGGCAACCUCGUGUUCGCCCUCGCCAUAUUCGGUUUUCUCUUCGGUGGCCAGUUUGUCCAUACAUCCUUUGCACGAAAGGCAGGCCACGCCUACUUUCCGGCAUCGUUCUCUUUUGGCUGGUUCGGUUACAUCCCCGUCGCGCUCUUCCGACUGCUCUGUUCUCGCACUCUCAUGCCGGAACCUGACUUUCCUGUGCGAGUAAUGAAUCUUGAGAGUGCGACGGCGAGUGACAAUAAAAGCUGGCUCAUAAGCUAUUACCUGCGUUCAUGCAUGCGCUCUAUGAAUCGUCAGUUGGGAAGCCGACGGAAUCAGUUUCGCAUUUUUGUCUUCUCGUCGGAAAAAAGAAACCGGCCAAGCAUUUACACCGUCCACAUGGACGACAUCUUCCGCGCGUCUUUUCUUAUCGCUCAGUUUGUGGCUUCCUUCACCCUCGGCUUCAUGCAGGACGACUGGGGUGUUCUGACCAUCACUUUGUACGGCACCCUGCUUUCGUGGUGGAUUGGUCGCCUCUGCCAGUGGAACACUGAGAAAAGCCCUUCUUUUCAAGACUCUGGACACACCUACAUGUUGACAUCAGCAAAGCAUCCCCACGAGGUGAUGGUAAUCAAGUCCAGCAAGGAGGAGAAGUCGGCUUUGAGCUUUGAUCGUCUUGCUCAGUCGUAUCGUCCCGCGUCGUCUAACGUACUGUCAACUCACCUUUUCCCCUACAUCAUAUCCUUGUUUCUUCUUCACAUGGCACUUACCCUCGAAACCAACCAAACUGUUCUUUGCAUCGUCGGUAUCCUUGGGAUGGUGGACAACUUUGUCUCCAGCUGGUGGACUCGGGACCCAGAGGAAUGGGAUAUGUGCGUGAGCCUAAAGCAAGUCUUCCACGGCUCAAACGUAACGGAUGCUCUUAUGCUCUACGAGACUUCUCACAGCCACGGCAUGGCGCUCAAGCCCGAGCUCUUUCCCCACAAGAUGGAGCCCACGGUGGCGGCCUAG